UGCGCGGCUCCAAAAUUUCGAGCAAGAUCUCGGUCCGCGCCGAUGGGAGCCUAGUCAGCACGGGCUGGUCAUUUUAUUGGGACCUGAUCGGCUCUCUUGAUUCCCUCUGGACCGAAUUCUUUGUUUUUAUGGUGGUGUCUGGGCCGAGGCCAACUCGGUGUCCCUGUCCCACGUACGCCCAUCCAAUGCCAAUGCCGUGUUUGUGCUAGCGCUGCCGGACUAGGGACAAGCGGUCGUCGUUUCCACUACCCACCCUCCAUCGCCUCGGUCCAGUUUCAAUCUUUCUCGGUGCGACGGGGCGGUCCACGAACGCGUGUGCCCCAAGCUCGCUCGACCACCCUCCCCUGUACUUAGGCCCUUUUUUGGGCCUGCAUUGAAGAUGGAGGUUACAGGAGCUCUCCCCUCUAGAGUCUUGCCAGGCCAACCCCAAGUUAUCAAGUUGGCUGCCAGUCCUGCUCAGAAAGGAAUCAUAAAUGUCUUGUCGAAUCCAGGCGUCCGUGCCAUUUUCAAAACUCCAUCACAGGAUGGCCAGGUCCCUACGAUGUUGGCGAAUGGUCAGAUCAUCAGAACGUUAAAUUUAGGGAAACAAACUGGACAGAGCCCCAGGGUUAUGACUCUCCAUCCUGUCCAAGGCAGCCCCAUGAAGGUGAUGAGUAGUAUUCCAAAAACCAUCACUCUCACACCAGCACAAAUGCAAAUGUUGACAAGCCAACAACGGAUAGUUAGUACCAACAUUUCACAUACAUCAGCCAAUGUAAUACAAACCCAAGCACCAAUCCAGCAACAGCAAACACAAGUAGUUCAAUCCCACCAGGCAUCGCCAUCAACAGUGCAACAAAUCCAGCAGCAAUCAAAUAAGAGUUACAUUUCCCCAAUCCUUGACCACAGUGGCUCUCGGAAACGGCAGGAAAUUGAACCUGAUCACAUGCCAGCAUACAAAAGAAGGAAAUCAGACAAGGUAGGCAAAGGCCUGCGACACUUUUCCAUGAAAGUAUGUGAAAAAGUACGGAAGAAAGGAACUACCACUUACAAUGAAGUGGCUGAUGAACUUGUUGCUGAGUUUACUAACCCUAGUAAUGUCCAGAUAAAUUCGCCAUCAGAUCAGUAUGAUCAGAAGAAUAUUAGGCGGAGAGUAUAUGAUGCCUUAAAUGUACUUAUGGCUAUGAACAUAAUUGCCAAGGAGAAGAAGGAAAUUCGGUGGUUAGGUCUGCCUACAAACUCCGUCCAGGAGUGCACUGCACUGGAACGGGACAAGCAUCUUAUUGGGGAGAGAAUCAAACAGAAAACUCAACAGUUAUAUGAGUUGAUUCUUCAGCAAAUUUCUUUUAAGAAUCUUGUUGAACGAAACAGAGGGCAAGAAAGCAAAUAUGGAGUGCCUGCCCCGAACACAGCAAUCCAACUUCCAUUCAUCAUUGUUAAUACCAGCAAGAAGACAGUUAUUGAUUGUCGCAUUUCCAAUGACAAGAUGGAAUACCUCUUCAAUUUUGAUGACAAAUUUGAGAUCCAUGAUGAUAUUGAAGUUUUGAAAAGAAUGGGCAUGGUUCUUGGCCUGGACAAGGGAGAAUGUACUCCAGCAGAACUACAGAAGGCAAAAAGCAUGGUACCUCGGGCAUUGGAGAACUACGUUGUUCAACUAGCUCAUGGAAACACAGAGCCGGAUUUGCCUGAAUUAUCAGCUGGUCCGAGCUCUUCGUCUGUCAAUGCAUCAUAUCUGGUUGAUGACUUUGACUCUCAGAUGGGUCUCUCUCGGCACUCUUCGCACACCGACCUCUCUGAAGAACCUCUUUCCCCGUCUCUCGAAGCAUACUCUGAUGAUGACUCUGAAAUGUCAAGUGAUGUGGAAAUUCAUUAGGGUUGUUUGUGAAGGAUACUCUUUUGCAAAGACUUUCUAGGGUUUGUGAAAGAACCCAGGCAGGAGCCAUGCAAAAAAAUACUGCUUGGAGUUUCUUGUCCUUGUGUUUUAGACUCUCACACGUCUUUAAACUUGGCCUGAUGCCGCCCAUUCGGACUUAAAUUAGGUGUCAGCCAAAGAAAAGUGAAGAAACCUUGUGCAUCUAUGGAAGAGAUGGUUUGCUGUGUGUGAAAUAACAUGUUCCCGAGCUGUUAUUUUGCUGUGAAGUGCAAUAUGAAGACAGUAUUUGAUUAUGAUUAUUAAUACCAAGUCAUCUGCAAGAAAUAUAUUCUUUCUUGUGUUACUUUCUGAUAAGCUCAGUGCUUAUUCGUUCUUUUUUUUUAAUUGAACUCUGUAAACUUGUUAAUGGAAAGAACAACUAGAGGAGCAGUUGAGCAGAAGCCUUCUUCUAGACAAUAAGUUCUACUGACAAAUUGUAUGAUAAAAAGAAAACUAUAGCUAGUUUGUUUCCAGGGGAUCUUGGAAUUGAAAACCCCUUGUCACAAUUAGUAUUUCGGUGGUUUGCUUGUGGUGUUGUGAUGUGUCCAUUUACUGUCUGAGUGCAUGUUUCUGUGUUCAGAAGGUGAUGUCCAUGUCACUCCAGUGAAUGUGAAGCUUGUCGAAGUGUAUGUAUUUGUGACCGAUUGGAUGUCCUACAGCUAGCUGUAUUAGUUCUUUAAUAUGGCAGCUGUGUAGAACUGUAAUCAUCUCUCAGAGAUGUGGAAGGGCAAUCAUGUACAGAACAACAAGUGCCUGAGAUUGUGCAACUAUGAACUUAAAAUGCAUUCAUCGUCUUAACUCACCUCAAGCUGUGUUGCCCUUUGACAUUUGUGUAUUUCUUUCAUUUCUGAUGAACUCUCAUCAUGUUCUAUUUUUAUGAAAUGUAAAAUGUAAUGUUUUAGGCUUUAUAGAAGUACAUUGCAAAUGCACUGGUUCUUACCUUUCUAGAUUAUUCAGUUCACUGUAGUUCUAAUUAACUACUUGCUCUCAUGGAAAAAAUGGAUUUAUCUAUCUUUUAAUGGAAUUGAGUCAAAUGAUGCAUGUUCUCAUCAUAAAUGAAUCAUUAAAGCUUAUAAAUGUGUAUAUAUUUAAAGCAGUUUUAUGCUUUACUUAAUCUUAACUUUCUAUUUCAAUUUUUUUAAAUGUGUGUGUAACAUAGCAAGUCCCUGUAGAUAUACCUUUUAAGGUUCGUAAAAUGAAAUGUUCUCUUGGUGUUGUUCUGGAGCCGCCUGUUGGAUCUCAGUUCUUUCCAUAGGACACAAGACUGAGGAUUUCUGUUAAGUUACAAAAGAGGAAGUUGAUGAUGAUGUUCUCUUGACACUAAUUGCAAGUUUUAAUACCAUCUGUAUGGAGAAAAUCUUGAUUCUUUGUCAGUCUUGUAACUUUCUUCUUGUGAAAUUACAACCUAUUUUUGAGAAAGUUAGCCCCUCUGUUGGACACAGUAUCACCAAAUGCUGUUUUGUGUCUCAAAGUUUUUUCCCAUUGUAUCUUCAAUUUUCUUUUUAUCUGUCCUGUUUUUCCUACAUUGCAAAUGCUCUUUGGAUUGUAUUUUCAAUGCAUCUUAGUAACAUGAUAUGACAGUGUUGCAAGUUACUAUAGUGCUAAUGUAGUUCUCGUUCUCAGUGCCUUUUGUGGCCCUGCUCCCCUUAACGUGUUCAAGAGAGGGCUGAGUGGCAAUUGUUAAUAUUUUGUAGAAAACUUAAAGGAAACAAAACAUUAGUGUGUACAAAGACAUAAUUUUUGAAGUUAGGUAGGUAGUUGAAUCUUCACCAAGAUAAAGGGAACUGUGGUUCUAAUACUUAUGUACAAAUUUAAGCCUCAAGGAAUGCCUUCUGGAGAUGAAUCAGGGUAAUGUCUCUUACGCCAUUGUUAAAGGAAGACUUGUUUAAGUAGCUAUUUUCUGUUCAAUCACAACUUAUCAAAAGUAUGGAGUCUCGUUUUACUAUUUUGAUCCACUAGUCACAUAACCUAAACUUCAAGUUAGUGUUUUAUUUUACUUUUAACUUUCCUUUUGUAGCAUUUUACUCUUAGUGUGGCAGAUGUUUGAAUUAAUCUGUUCUGUUGAGCCGAGCUUAUUGUACAAGGAAACCUUGCUUCCAUUGAGCAGACCAGGGUAUUUGAUAUUGUCACUAACAUUGGGUAGAAGGAUUCCCGACGACUUUAUCUUUACAAUGUUUCAGUUGCAGGUAUUACUGUACUGCGGAAUUCUGUUUUUGUUAGAUGCGGUUUGUGUAUUUUGAGAACAAGUACUUGAAAGUAAAUGUUUUGAAAGAUAA